GGGUGCGAGCUGUCUGACCCCUCUCUGUGUGUCGGCAGCGUCGAGGGGAAGCUGGCUUCCCAGGCCCGGGGUCGAGGUACUCAAGCGGCGCCGCUGGGGGAGGGAGAGCCCGGCCAAGCCGCGAGCCCCUCCCACCUGACGUCCGCGGGGUACUGGCCGGAUUCUCCCGCCCCCGAGGGCGACGAGGUGCCGCUCCCGCGCCUGCGCAGUGGGGUCUGGGUCACGCGCCGUAAGCCCGGUCGGGAGUGACGGGCGUCACCCUCAGCGCGAACAGCUUCUAGCGCCCAUGGAGCUGCACGAAAUCUUCAGUUUGGAUCUUGGAGGUAUAUCAGCAGUGGUUCUAAAUGGCUAUGAUGUAGUAAAGGAAUGCCUUGUUCAUCAAAGUGAAAUUUUUGCAGACAGACCAUGCCUUCCUUUAUUCAUGAAGAUGACAAAAAUGGGAGGCUUACUCAAUUCCAGAUAUGGCCGAGGAUGGGUUGAUCACAGAAAAUUAGCUGUAAACAGCUUUCGCUGUUUUGGAUAUGGCCAAAAGUCUUUUGAAUCUAAAAUCUUAGAAGAAACCAAAUUUUUCAUUGAUGCUAUUGAAACAUACAAUGGUAGCCCUUUUGACUUUAAACAAUUAAUAACAAAUGCCGUUUCAAACAUAACCAAUCUGAUAAUUUUUGGAGAACGAUUCACUUAUGAAGACACUGAUUUUCAGCACAUGAUUGAAUUAUUUAGUGAAAAUGUGGAACUAGCCACCAACGCCUCAGUCUUCCUCUAUAAUGCCUUUCCAUGGAUUGGCAUCUUACCUUUUGGAAAACAUCAACAACUGUUUAGAAAUGCAGCUGUGGUCUAUGACUUUCUCUCCAGGCUUAUUGAAAAAGUUUCCAUCAACAGAAAGCCUCAGUUACCUCAGCAUUUUGUUGAUGCUUAUUUAGAUGAGAUGGAUCAAGGUAAAAAUGACCCAUCAUCUACUUUCUCCAAAGAAAACCUGAUUUUCUCUGUGGGUGAACUCAUCAUUGCUGGAACUGAAACUACAACCAAUGUGCUACGGUGGGCAAUUCUUUUCAUGGCCCUUUAUCCUAACAUUCAAGGACAAGUUCAGAAAGAGAUUGAUUUAAUUAUAGGACCCAGUGGGACACCUUCUUGGGAUGACAAAUGCAAAAUGCCUUAUACCGAGGCAGUUUUACAUGAAGUUUUAAGAUUCUGUAAUAUAGUGCCAUUAGGGAUUUUCCAUGCAACCUCUGAGGAUGCAGUUGUACGUGGUUAUUCCAUUCCUAAAGGCACAACAGUAAUUACAAAUCUUUAUUCUGUACACUUUGAUGAAAAGUAUUGGAGAGACCCAGAAAUAUUCUAUCCAGACCGAUUUCUGGACAGCAGUGGAUAUUUUGCCAAGAAGGAAGCUUUGGUUCCCUUUUCCCUAGGGAGAAGACAUUGUCUUGGAGAACAGCUGGCUCGGAUGGAAAUGUUCCUGUUUUUUACAACAUUGCUUCAGCGAUUUCACUUGCACUUUCCACAUGAACUGGUUCCAAAUCUGAAGCCCAGGUUAGGCAUGACGUUGCAACCCCAGCCCUACCUCAUCUGUACAGAAAGACGCUGAAAGUGCCUGGCUGUUUUGUGGAACAAGGUGUUUGCCUCACCCCUGAACCUUGUUUAUACAGUGUGUGUGUUUGUAUAAGGAUCACAGCAUCAUAAAAGCCAAA